AUGAAUGAAACACUGAGGGAAUUUAACGUGACUGCGGAAUCCCGGUUUGACGGUUUUCGGAACCAUCAAUCUUGCAUCGAGGAAGGAUUUGCUCAACGUCAAUGGAACGCACUGUUAGAUAUCAUAGGGGACGAUCCCGACACGCUGUACGUGUGGUACCUGAUGAUCUACUCGUAUGGACUGUUCUGGAUUGUUGGCGGACUGUUCAUACUGAUGGACCUAACGCAAAGGCCCACUUGUAUGCGCAAGUACAAAACACAACCAGGGACCCACGAACCACUCGACUGGGAUCGCUGCAAGUGCCUCAUCCAAACCGUGGCUUAUAACCAGGUAGUGUACGGCAUACCGAUAACGUACGCCACAUACCACGCCCGCAAGCUGCUGCUGAUCAGCGUCCCCGAUGUGCGAACCUUGCCAACGAUGAAUAUUUUCCUGCGCGACAUGCUGGUGUGCAUCGUCACGUGGGAGAUCGCCUUCUACUACACGCACCGCCUGAUGCACUCAAGCUUCAUGUACAGGCACGUCCACAAGAAGCACCACGAGUGGAAGGCCCCAGUCGCCUGGACCGGCAUGUACGUACAUCCGGUCGAGUUCGUCAUCAGCGGCCUGCUGCCGGUUUACAUCGGACCGGGCCUGAUGACGUCCCACGUGAUCACCAUUGCCGCCUGGCUGACGUUCGUGAUGUGGGACACGAUCGGUGACCAUUCCGGCUACCAUCUCCCAUUUCUCGGUAGCUCGGAGUCGCACGACUAUCACCAUUUAAACUUCAACCAAUGCUAUGGUAACUAUGGCUGGUUCGAUCGACUACACGGGACGAACGACGAGUUUCGGAGAAAGAAAGAAUACCAACGCCAUUACCGGAUCUUCAGCCUUCAAUCCGCCAGGGAACUUGUACCAGCAAAAUAA